AUGGAAAGCUACUUUCCUAAGCAAAAUAAUUCCUUAUUGACUUCAUGGACACUAAGUAGUGAUGCAUGCAGGGAUUGGUAUGGAGUUAUAUGCUUUAAUGGUCGGGUAAACAAGUUGAAUAUUACAAAUGCUGGUGUUGUUGGUACACUUCAUGAUUUUCCAUUUUCAUCUCUAUCGUUUCUUGAAUAUGUUGAUCUUAGCAUGAAUCAGCUCUUUGGUAGCAUACCUCCUGCAAUAGGAAAUCUCACUAAUCUUGUCUAUCUUGACUUGUCGAUCAACCAUAUUUCAGGCAAAAUCCCACCUCAAAUCGGCUUACUAUCAAAGGUUGAGACCCUCUUCAUCUUUGACAACCAUUUAAAUGAUCUCAUUCCUUUGGAAAUAGGGAAGAUGAAGUCACUUGAGGUUUUACUCUUAGAGAGGAACAAUCUUUCUGGUCCAAUUCCAACAACACUAGGUGACUUAACUGAGCUCAAAACUUUGUACCUUUAUUCUAAUCAACUUUCUGGUCUUAUUCCCAGAGAGUUGGGAAAUUUGAAAAGCCUCACUUAUUUGGAUUUAUCCACUAAUCAUCUUAUUGGUCCUAUUCCUAGUGAGUUGGGGAGUUUGAUAAAUCUCAUAGAGAUAGAUUUAUCUAAAAGUCAACUUACUGGUUCAAUUCCGAUUACUAUAGGUGACUUAACUGAGCUCAAAAUUCUAUACUUUUUUUCUAAUCAACAUUCUGGUUUUAUUCCUAGAGAGUUGGGAAAUUUGAAAAGCCUCGCUUAUUUGGAUUUAUCCACUAAUCAACUUACUGGUCCUAUUCCUAGUGAGUUGGGGAAGCUGAUAAAUCUCACAGAGAUAGAUUUAUCUAAAAGUCAACUUAUUGGUUCAAUUCCGAUUACUAUAGGUGACUUAACUGAGCUCAAAAUUCUAUACCUAUUUUCUAACCAACUUUCUGGUUUUAUUCCUAGAGAGUUGGGAAAUUUGAAAAGCCUCACUGAUUUGGAUUUAUCCACUAAUCAUUUUACUGGUCCUAUUCCUAGUGAGUUGGGAAAUCUGAUAAAUCUAACAGAGAUAGAUUUAUCUAAAAGUCAACUUAUUGGUUCAAUUCCGAUUACUAUAGGUGACUUAACUGAGCUCAAACUUCUAUACUUUUUUUCUAACCAACUAUCUGGUCCCAUACCUAGUGAGUUGGGUAAUUUGAAGAACCUCAAUGGUCUGUCCUUGUACGAAAAUCAACUUACUGGUCCAAUUCCUGCUUCUUUUGGCAAUUUGAGAAGCUUGCAAUUUUUGUAUCUCAAUGCCAACAAACUUACUGGUCCAAUUCCCGCUUCCUUUGGCAAUUUGAGAAACUUGCAAUUUCUGUAUCUGAGUGCCAACAAACUUUCCGGUUCUAUUCCAAAAGAACUUGCGUAUUUGGAUAACUUGGAAGAGCUGAUAAUAAGUGAAAAUCAGUUUUCAGGUCAUUUGCCUGAGCAUCUUUGCCAAGGUGGGAAACUUGAGAACUUUACGGUGAAUAGUAACAAGUUGUCAGGGCCUAUACCAAGAAGCAUGUCCAAGUGCUUGAGUUUCAAAAGGGUUCGCUUUGAUAACAACAGUUUUACUGGAAAUUUAUCUGAAGCUUUUGGUAUCUAUUCGGAGCUACAGUUUAUUAAUUUGAGCAAAAAUGAUUUUCAUGGUGAACUUAGUAGCAACUGGGGGAAAUGCAAGAAGUUGACUGAUUUUCGAGUAGCCAGAAAUAGAAUUAGUGGUCACAUACCACCAGAGAUUGGAAACCUCAAAGGUCUUCAAGGACUAGAUCUUUCAGAAAAUCAUUUGGUUGGGAGGAUCCCUUGGGAAUUUGGAAAAUUGACCUCUCUAGUUAAUCUUUUUUUGCAAAACAACCAGAUUUCUGGCAAUAUUCCUAUGGAACUUGGAUCAAUGACAAAAUAUAUCCCCUCAGUUAGCCAAUUUGAAGGUCUUGGUAAACUUAAACCUUUCCCACAAUGGCCUAUCUGGGCGACUUCCUAA